AUGACGCCAUUUGCCUAUCCAACAAGGACACUUCUUAAUGCAGUCUUCUUCAUUUUUCACUUUAAUUGUCUUUCAGGGGGUUCAGAUAUUGAAUACUUAGAUUUUUAUAAGCCAGUGGUGUGGUUCUGGAUCCUUGUUGGGUUAGCUUACUUUGCGGCUGUCCUCAGCAUGAUUGGAGACUGGCUAAGAGUCAUAUCUAAAAAGACAAAGGAAGAGGUAGGGGAAUUCAGAGCCCAUGCUGCGGAGUGGACAGCCAACGUCACCGCAGAGUUCAAAGAAACUCGAAGGCGCCUGAGCGUGGAGAUCUAUGACAAGUUUCAGCGGGCUACCUCUAUCAAAAGGAAGCUCUCUGCAGAACUCGCCGUCAACCACAAUCAAGACCUGACUCCCUGCAAGAGAACCCUGUCAGUCAACCAUCUCACCAGUGAGAAGGACAUCUUGCCAGCUCUAACAAAGACGGACAGCAUUUACAUGAAUGGUUUGACACCGCACUGUGCAGCAGAAGAGAUAGCCGUUAUUGAAAACAUUAAGUAG